AUGACCUCGAUCUUGAACGUGCGUCUCCAUCUCAUUGUCAUCUUUGUCGAUCUUUGGUCGCUCCCAAGCAACGUCGCGGCUAAACUUUUCACAGGCUGGGAGGUGGCGAGUUUGGAAGGCGGGUCAAUCUUUUCUUAUGCAGCGUCCGAAGUCCUCUAUCAAGGAACAGCUCAGCACGCAGCACAUUUCUACCCGCCAGCUGGUGGUCGCGGUGGUCCAGGUCCACGAGGAGACUUCCCUGUUGGGCAUCAGAACGGCGUCGUACCAGCACCAAAUCGCGGAAUUCAGCAACCCACUCGAUUUGGCCAACCCAGAAACGCCGCGGUCCGACCCCGACAACAAAUCCCACAACGUUUUGCAAACAGAUCAGCGGCAGAGCUUCGAGCGGCGAACGGUCUAGCACCGAAUGGCGAGUACAAGCUCCUCUCUCCGACCUGGAAAACCCUGGUGACCAUGGCGUUGAGAAUUGAUAGAGCGGCUCAACCCCAACCGAAGCAGGUGUUGAGACUGAUCAUGCGUGAGACCGAGACAUUCAUCAGAGAACCUGUCAUUCACGACCAGGCCAUUUUCAUCUGGGGCAAGGUUGAGCAGGUGACAGAGGCUAAGGACCAAUUGGCUAAAUGGGAACAAGAUGUGCGUGACUCAGCUACAGCGGCAAGAACCGCGGCCUGGCACAAAGAAAAAGCACACGACGGCCGAGCCGAGCACCGUGAGGAGCGGGAGAACAGAGAGAAAUAUCUCAAGAACCUCAGGCAGGAAGCGGAAAUCAAGUACCCGGUCGAAGUCGUCUUGCUCUGGCCGAGAGAGCUGGACAUUGGCGAAUUUGAGAGCACGAACACUGAAGCCAUCGAUCAGUUCAGAAGCCAGUUCAGUUGCCGAAUCAGCUUCCCGGGUUCCAACAUUGAGCACACCAGUGUCGAGCACAUCACAAUUGCGGCAGAGUCCCCCGUCGACGCUGCUUCUCUCAAGGAGAGAAUGAUCAAUUUGAUCAAGGAGACGAUUUCCCGCAGAGACCAGCUAUCCACCGCCAACAUGGUCCAUAUUCCCGACUUUGACAUCUACCGAGACAGAGUGGGCCUCCUAGAUCUCGAUCCCAAAAGUGGAAGCUACCUACCUACUCUGCACGGCAAACCUGCAGCGGACAAAGGACAGUUAAGCAAGGACCGCCGGCAGGUCCAGGUCAACAAUCACAAAAAGAUUAAGAAAACCAUUGACACAGCCAUCAAGAGGCUCCGAGUGUCUCAACAGCAUACCCGAAUGAGGUUCGUCUUUGGCGAACUGGGAUUCGUGUUUUUUCAAAAACCAGCCGCCGGCGCCGAGACGUACAGCUUUGAGGAUUUCUACACCAUGGUGACCAAAGAGCGCAUCAAGUUGACGCUGAACGGCCUCCCCAUCCGCCAAGGCGAGGUAACUGACCUGCCAGACGUCCUCGAGCAAAUGGAUGCCUUCUCCGACCCUACUGAAUAUUACGCCGCAUUCUUCGACUUCCCCGGUACGACCAGCAGUUCGACUCUUCGGCUCGAGACCGUCUUCACCCCGAUGGGCGCGGACGAAACCGAGAACCGCGAGAAGCGCUGGGUGGAAAUCAGCGACGCAGUCUCCAAACUACAAGCCAGCCAUCUGAACUUUGACCGACCAGAUUACCAAGUCACGAUUGAUGCCUUCCCUCUUGGGAUCGAUCAGCUCCGAAAGGCUCAGAUCCAAGCCUUUCAGGCAAACAUAACCAUGGAACGACCCCCAGACGGCAUCAAGUCCACGCCACGUCGCCGUGUCAAGCAUCCCCAGGAGCGAGGCUUACAGUUUGUCUCGGAGCUCACCUUGCUGAAAUACCGUUUCAAGAACACCGACGGGGUCUUCGAGUUGCGUCGUAAAGACACCUACGACUUACGCCCUGGUAAGGAGAAUAACAGUCCUUUCGAGACGCGUUGGCACGCUCUUUACUACUAUCCUGAGUGGGACAACCUGAUGGGCGAGUUUGCCAACAUCCGACCCGGCGAGGACGUCAAGUGGGCUAAGUCGGUCGCAACCUUCUUCCCCGAGAGCGGUGAUCAGUGGACAGCCCUGCCUAUGGGGUUCAAAAACUUUAUGAACGAGGUCGAGGAGAUCCAGAACCUGUUGUCCGAGGCGAUUAGCCGUCUCGCCAAUAGAAAGGGACCGGGAAGGGCGACUGAGCAUGGGCAUACAAAUGGCGCUUGA